CUCUUGGUGUGUCGCCCGAUAUCACCACAAACAUGGCGCCGUACGGGGAAGACGAUGAUGACUUGAGGGACUACAUCCAGAACUUGCCGGCAGCGGCCCUUUCCGUGGAGCUGGUCGAGGUGUUCAGGGCCCCGGACAAGAAGAGCCGCGUUUCUCAAAGACAGUUCUCCAUGCUCGACCCGCUGACGGAGCACUUGACCAAGCAGAUACCAGAAACGCUGAGUCUUCGAGUCCUAGUUGUCACGAAGCUGUCAGGACCGCUCUUGCAAUUCCUCGGUGCCAAGUACCAGAUGGAUUAUGAACUCUGGACAUGCCGGUUCAAAACGAGCGAUAGGGAGUGGUUCGCGGGACCUUUGCUUCAAGGCGGGGCCCGGUUUUUCUCGCACUUCAACCUGUCUGCUGUGGACUUCAUGCGUGUAACGGCCGAAACGCCCGCUGCUUACACGGAUGCCAGAAAGAUCGGACAUACGGUCCGCUUGGUACGGCUGCUUGAUGCCACGACACGUGGUAAGGGUCUAGACCCACGUGUCUUUGUCAUACGAAGAGUGUCUGGCCACCUUAGGUUGGAUGGCCGUCUCUGGACGUUCUUGUACUUCCCUGAUCCGUACCAUAACAUGGACGACGCCAAUUUCGUCUCUCAAAUUCCCGCCAAUGCGCAGCCCCAGCUGGCAGCGUGGAUCGACAACUACGUUGGGGACGGCUCACCCGAGGCUUUGAUUGAUGACCUGUCGAACGACGGGUUUGGCUUUGUUCUGAAGGUUCUAAGGGAGAUCAAGACCUCCUGGAAGCUGUUCCUCAAUGAGAUGGAAGGAUUUCUUGAGGAUCUGACAGAAGAUUUCGACGACGAAGCACUCAUCGAAUCAGCCAACUGGCUCCACAGAAAGUUUAUCUUGAUGGUCGACUACUCUGAGCGGCAGCUCAACUACCACAGCCGCUUCAUCACAUACUUGACAAAUGCUCCCUCGCAGCACGGGUUGUGCAUUCGUCCAACCACAUUCGAGAGGGAUCUCCUGCAAGAAAGAGACGCAAUGGUGGUCGUGUGCUCCAGAUUUCUGGCGCUCCGGACAAGAACCAGUGCUAUCCUUGACACGGCUAUGAAUCUGCACGCCGUCAGGCAGGCCCGCAUCUCGCAGAACAUGAUGGAGUUGCAGCGCAGAGAUGCCGAGCUCGCAUUCAACCAGAACCAGAGCAUAAAAAGACUCACCGUUCUCAACAUGGUGUAUCUUCCCGCCACGUUUAUUGCGGGAGUGUACGGGAUGAAUGUCGCCGACAACGGAGACCAUGGAGCCUGGAGCCUGUGGAGCUUUGGCCUUGUCGCGAGCCUGCUGACCAUCCUGACGCUCGCCCUCGCGAUGUUCAGGAUUGAGAUAGCAGCUGUAUAUUCCGUGAAGAGCUACUUGCAGCGUCAUGGAUCCUCCUCUUCCUCCGCUACACGCACCACCGGAGGAAAGCCCCCCUGGUUCCAGCUCGUCGAUUGGAUACAGAAGGAGAGAGAGAGACGUAAAGGCCGAAGGAAUAGCGUUGUUUAAAAACUAGGUAAUCUUCGCAGAAUGGGUGGUCGGAAUACCGUAGAUGACAAGACAUCGCACUUCAAUGCUUUCCCUCUCGUGCUUCUCAGCCUCACCAGUUACCUCAUUCAGUUCAAAUGACCCAUGGGCGCAUUGCGCAUAAGCCAAUCCGUCAUCCCCAUCUUCAUCGACACCAUCAGCCUCAUCUCUCUCAAGGCUAUCAAAAC